UGCGGACUAGCAUGCGGCGAAUCGCGAUGUCGCACCCGGAACUCCAUUCAUCUUGAUGAAUCACUCGUACUAAAGUAGCCGCGCAUGGUACCUGGACCUAGCGCUGAGCGCUGAGCUGUCAAUCGUGGCGGUUCCACGAGUUGAUUUGGUAACAUGGUCGCUGUGAUGCCGUACUGGCCGGGCAUUCAUAGUGUGUCUUUGACUCUCCUAGUACUACGUCUUCCAGACAUGACCAUGCCUCCGCGACUCUCCAAGCUGUCCCAGCUAUCUGAAGAGCCUCCUCCUCCAUAUACAGAAGAGGACCCGUUACAGCGUCGACAUGCAGCGCAUACUAACUUGCACAUUUCCGAAGUCUCGGAACAUACAGCCAACAGUUCGAGCCUCGCAGUCGGACUAGUAACCUCGGAGCUUGCAGGCCUCGAUCUCGACCCGCCUCAGGUUCAUGUUAUUGACGAACGGGGCCCCGGGUUACCAGGAGACAACGACUAUGUCGUUUCAAUUGCAUCGGACACCCAUUAUUCAGCUUCCGAGCACGGUUCUCGGGUCGAGACUUCGCAACAGAUCAGGCGCAAUUCGAGCAGAAUCAGCGUUCAAUCAAGUCUACUGUCCCGUUCCGAGGCUUCCACCAGUCAUCUGGAACCUGGCCAAUAUCGUCAUGGUGGACCUGACUCGCCAUCAUGGUCUCCCGCUGAAUACACUCAACCAGUCGAGCCGCAACUCGGUAUGAGCACGUCGCCCAGACUGUACCCUCAGAGGUACUGGCACCUGGAGAACGGUCCCUCGCUCGCUCCCUCGUAUCACUUCUCCAAUCAACAUUCGAAGUACAAAAUUGGUUCACGCGUUAUAUCCUAACCACUCGUCGACCCAGAGCACCUGAAAGCUCAUCUCGGUCUGCUUGGCGCCUUCAAGGAGCUGAGGCAAAGAGUGGAGUCGUGUUCUGACGAUUAUUUGCCGCAGAUCGC